AUGGAAAUCCCACCUGGCCUCGAAACGACGAAGCGAAAAGUGGCUCAUAGUGAUGAACAUGGAUUUUCUGACCAAGUUCGCGUUCCGAAUGUCAUAGUUAUGGUUGGAUUACCGGCACGUGGAAAGACAUACAUAUCAAAGAAACUGUGCCGAUACCUCAAAUGGACUGGAUUCAAGACGAAAGUGUUCAAUGUGGGAGAGUAUCGAAGAACAGAUGCGAACGCUGCCGACGCUAUUCACGGAGCAAAUGCUUCGUUCUUUUCGCCUGAUAAUGCAGAUGCUUUGAAAGUUCGAGCUGAGUCCGCUCGCCGUGCAAUGGAAGACAUGGCUGAUUAUUUGAAUUCUGGAAGCGGGAGCGUCGCUAUCUUCGAUGCCACCAACACCACGAAAGAUCGUCGGAGCAUCAUUAUCGACUUCUGCAAAAAGAAACGACUUCGAUGCUUCUUCAUCGAAUCAGUCUGUGAUGAUCCAGCAAUUAUUGAUAGUAAUGUCACUGAUGUCAAGGUCAAUUCACCAGAUUACAAAGGGUUAAUGACUGCUGAACAAGCUAAGGAAGAUUUUAUGAAUCGAAUUGAAAACUACAAACGACAAUACGAGCCAUUGGAAGAAUCGGAGCAUGAAAGUCUCAGUUUCAUAAAAGUAAUCAAUGCGGGGAGAUCAUUCAAAGUUCAUCAAGUUAGAGGCCAUGUUCAAAGUCGAGUUGUCUAUUUUCUCAUGAAUAUUCAUCUUUUACCGAGAAGUAUCUAUUUGACAAGACACGGACAGUCGGAAUAUAACGCAAUGGGACGACUCGGUGGAGAUUCUCCACUGACCGACGAUGGACGGAAGUAUGCAUCAGCUCUUGCUGAUUUCUUCGAAGAAGAGGAAGUUCCUGGUCUUCGUGUCUGGUGUUCUCAAAAAGUACGAGCUGCUCAAACUGCUCAGCAACUGAAACCAGAUUUCCAUACAGAGUAUUGGAAGGCUCUCGAUGAGUUGGAUGCUGGUAUUUGUGAAGGAUUGACUUAUGAAGAUAUUACUCAAAGAUAUCCGAAACAAGCUGACGAUCGAGCAACUGACAAGUAUCACUAUCGUUAUCCAAGUGGAGAGAGUUAUGAAGAUGUUGUCAGUCGUUUGGAGCCGGUUAUUAUGGAGUUGGAGAGACAGGCUAAUGUUCUCGUCGUUUCUCAUCAAGCAGUACUUCGAUGUAUUCUUGCUUACUUCUACGAUCGCCCACUCUCUGAACUUCCGUACAUCGACAUCCCACUUCACUCGCUUGUAAAGUUGACUCCACGUGCGUAUCAUUGUGAUUCUACCAUCUACGCACUCGAUUUGGAGACUGGAGAGUGGACCGAAACCAGUGCUCAACUUCCAUUGUGUGACAGUCCAAGGGAUUAA